UGAACAACAUUAUUAUUUCCAUACAUUUCUGAAAACAUUAAACCACGAAAAUUAUAAAUAACAUUGCGAAUGGAAUAACAAUAGAGAUGCAACUUGUUGAGAUUUCGAGUCGCGUUCAAAUUCUGGAAUCUGGUGAUUUAUUAAUUUCGAAUAUACGCGAAUCGGAUGCUGGUCUAUAUACUUGUGUGCGGUCCAAUGAAGCCGGCACUGUUAAUGGUGAAGCAUAUCUUGGAGUUAUGGUGAGGACACAAAUCAUACAACCACCGGUGGAUACAACAGUGCUGCUGGGACUUACUGCUACACUGCAAUGCAAAGUCUCCAGCGAUCCAACAGUGCCAUUCAAUAUCGAUUGGUAUCGCGAAGGUCAUCCAAUGCCAAUCAGUAAUUCACAGCGCAUUGGCGUACAAGCGGACGGCACUCUGGAGAUACAAGCAGUACGCGCCUCCGACGUUGGCACUUAUUCAUGUGUGGUUACAUCGCCAGGUGGCAAUGAAACGCGGUCAGCGCGAUUAAGUGUCAUCGAACUGCCGUUUCCACCAACAAAUGUUAAAGUUGCGCGCUUAGAUGCACCAAACCAACGUACCAUCAACAUAUCAUGGACACCGGGUUUUGAUGGCAACAGUCCAAUAUUAAAAUUCAUCAUACAACGCCGUGAAGUAUCAGAACUAGGUCCAGUUCCAGACCCUUUACUAAAUUGGGUAACCGAAUUGAGUAAUGUGUCGGCUGAACAUCGUUGGAUUUUGCUGAAAACACUUAAAGCUGCUACAGUUUAUCAAUUUCGAGUCAGCGCCGUCAAUCGUGUUGGAGAAGGUUCCCCUUCCGAGCCUAGUAAUAUUGUGGAGCUACCACAAGAAGCACCAUCAGGGCCACCUGUUGGAUUUGUAGGUUCAGCUCGAUCAAUGUCAGAAAUUAUAACGCAAUGGCAACCGCCUUUGGAAGAACAUCGCAACGGACAAAUUCUUGGCUAUAUAAUACGUUAUCGUCUCUUUGGUUAUAACAAUGUACCUUGGACAUAUCAGAAUAUUACAAAUGAAGCGCAACGAAACUAUUUAAUACAAGAACUCAUCACAUGGAAAGAUUAUAUAGUACAAAUCGCAGCUUAUAACAAUAUGGGAGUGGGUGUGUACACCGAAGGAGCUAGAAUAAAAACAAAAGAAGGCAUACCGGAAGCACCACCUACAAAUGUUAAAGUUAUUGCCAUAAAUUCUACUUCAGUUAAAGUAUCCUGGAUACCACCAAAUCCACAACAAAUAAACGGCAUAAACCAAGGAUAUAAAAUACAAGCUUGGCGUCAUGAAAUGAACGAUGAUGACUUGGAAGAAACUGAAGCCCGAAUGAUCACAGUACCGCCAAGUCUAAUUGAUCCACUUGCCGAACAAAUUGCUAUUCUAAGUGGACUGGAAAAAUUCACGGAUUAUAAUAUAACAGUUUUAUGCUUCACAGAUCCUGGUGAAGGUGUUCGUAGCUAUAAAAUAGCUGUUAAAACGAAAGAGGAUGUGCCAGAUGAAAUUACCGCUUUGCAUUUUGAUGAAGUUUCAGACAGAUCUGUUAAAGUGUUGUGGGCACCACCGAAAAAUUUAAAUGGAAUUUUGACUGGUUAUACCGUACGGUAUAAAGUUAAAGAUCAUCCUGAAACUUUAAAAUCAGUUAAUUUGACUGCUGAUGAUACACAGUUAACAGUUACACAAUUACAAGCCACUACACAUUACUGGUUUGAAAUAAAGGCAUGGACUAAAGUUGGUGGGGGACCUGCAAAAACUGCAACAAUACAGUCGGGAGUUGAGCCUGUAUUGCCACAUCCACCAACAAAUUUGGCGCUUUCUAAUAUAGAGGCAUUCUCGGUUGUGUUGCAAUUUACGCCUGGGUUUGAUGGUAACUCAUCUAUUACGAAAUGGAAAGUGGAUGCACAAACUGCGCGUAAUAUGACCUGGUUUACAGUCUGUGAAAUAUCAGAUCCUGAUGCAGAAACUUUAACAGUAACGGGACUAAUGCCAUUCACUCAAUACCGUUUACGUCUGAGUGCUACAAAUGUUGUGGGCUCUUCCCAGCCUUCCGAAGCUACCAAAGACUUUCAAACUAUACAGGCAAGACCAAUGCAUCCACCAUUUAAUGUAACAGUGCGAGCAAUGAGUGCUACACAGUUAAGAGUACGCUGGAUUCCAUUACAACAAACUGAAUGGUUUGGAAAUCCUCGUGGUUAUAACAUUACAUAUCGUCAAAUUGAAAGCAUAACGAAGGUAUCAGCGAAAUCUGUAUUAAUUGAAGAUCAUACUGCGAAUUCGCAUGUGCUAGAAGGUUUAGAAGAAUGGACACUUUACGAGGUUUUGAUGAAUGCUUGUAAUGAUGUGGGUUUCUCGAGAGAUAGUGCAAUUGCUGUCGAACGAACACGUGAAGCGGUACCUUCGUAUGGUCCUUUAGAGGUGCAAGCCAAUGCCACAUCCUCCACAACAAUUGUAGUACGCUGGGGUGAAGUGCCGAAGCAGCAUCGUAAUGGUCAAAUUGAUGGCUACAAAGUGUUUUAUGCCGCUACUAACCGUGGCGGUCAAGUGCUACACAAAACCAUAUCAAAUAAUGCUUCCUACACAACUACAUUGACUGAACUAAAAAAAUUCGUAAUCUACCACAUACAAGUACUUGCAUUUACUAGACUCGGUGAUGGUGCUUUAAGUACUCCUCCAGUACGUGUACAAACAUUUGAAGACACACCAGGUCCGCCUUCCAACGUAAGCUUUCCAGAUGUAUCAUUUUCGACUGCUCGUAUAAUUUGGGAUGUACCUGAAGAUCCAAAUGGCGAAAUCUUAGCUUAUCAAGUGACAUAUUCAUUAAAUGGCAGUGUUAAUCUUAACUACAGUCGUGAAUUUCCACCAUCAGAUCGCACUUUUAGAGCAACACAAUUGUUGGCAGAACGGUAUUAUAUUUUUAGUGUCACAGCUCAAACACGUCUGGGUUGGGGUAAAACCGCCGCAGUUCUUGUUUACACUACAAACAAUCGCGAACGCCCACAACCACCAUCUAUGCCACAAAUAUCGCGUAGUCAAAUACAAGCACAUCAAAUAACUUUCAGUUGGACACCCGGCCGUGAUGGAUUCGCCCCACUUCGCUAUUACACUGUACAAUUACGAGAGAAUGAUGGUCCUUGGACAAUACUGCCAGAACGCGUCGAUCCUGCAUUUACUUCUUAUACUGCAAUUAAUUUGAAACCACAUACUACAUAUCAAUUUCGCAUACAAGCGACAAACGAU